GAAGAAUUCGAGGGAUAUGCAAGUAUACUUUUGCCACUUUGAUAUUUUCUCAUGUAUAUUAUUUUGAUUGAAAAUAACAGCAAAUAAAAUCAAGUGAAACUAAGUCUAAAUGGGUGCCGAAAGUUCCCAGAUGAAAAAUGUAUCCAUUAGCGAAAAACAGUUAGCUGAAAAGCUCAGAAACGAUCUACUGCUUUAUGAUGCGAGAUUAAAUAAUUCAAAACAAAAAGUAUCAGUGUUUGAGGAUUCAUUCAGUUCCAAAGAUAAUCCCUUCAAAGAGUACACUUUAGAUAGACCAUUGUCGAAAGCAAUCAAAAACCUCAAGAUAUAUCGCCAUCCUUACUCAAUAUUAAAGUUCCUUGGAUCAUCAUCCGACAAGAUGUUAGUGACAGAAUUUGUAAUCGGAAGCUUAGAAAAAAAUCUUAAAAAGCAAUCCGAAAUACAAAUAUGUUUAGGACUGAAAAACAUCCUUAAUGCUCUCAUCUUUCUUGUCGAAUCAGCGAAAGUGCGGCACUUGAAUGUCUCUUUGGAAUCAAUAUUUGUUACAGAAAAUGGAACCUGGAAACUGAAUGGAAUGGAGCACGUUUUCAAAAGUUCUGAUAUUUCAAAAGAACUUCUUCAACGAUCCCGCUCAUUUCGUAAUCAUCAAGCACAUAGUGCUGAUGAAGACGAUGGAACUGGAUUGGAACAGUUUGCUUUUGCAACUCUUUGUGAAAAUCUUAUAAACAAAGACAGUAAUAUUCCUUUUGUUCAAGAUUUUCUCACAUAUUGUCAAACACAUUUGAAACAUAAGAAUCCCUCAAUGCGGCCACUUCUGUCAGCAAUUCAGCUACACAAUUAUUUCACUCAUGAUUUUGUGAUAAUUCACGGAUUUUUAUCAGAACUUGCAUUAAAAACACAACCAGCGAAACAAGAAUUCUUCAAGAUUUUAUAUGAGAAACUCAAGCAAUUUGAUGAAAGUGCCAUUGGUCCGUUGAGCGAGCUUCUUCUUUCAAGACUUGUCUUGUUGGAAACAUCAGCGCAAUUUUACUUUCUUCCAUAUCUUCUGAAGCCUCAAAAUCUUGAAGAUGACGAAGAGACAUCGGUCGAUGAUGGAUUGUUUUCAACACCAGGUUUUGUUAAAUUCAUCGUUCCCAAACUCAAACAAGUUUUCUGUGUGCUUGAUGUUCAAAUUCGAUUAAUUCUGUUAGAACAUUUCCAUCUUUAUGUGAACACUUUUACAAGGGAAGAACUUAUCGAUGAGAUUUUACCUCAACUUUUGCUUGGAAUUAAAGAUACAAACGAUCUUCUUGUGACAAAGACACUUUUAUGUCUCGCUGAUCUCAUUCCAAUACUUGGAGCAUCACAAGUUAUUGGUAAGAAUCGAAGGAAAUUAUUUGCUGACGGACGACCGCAACAAACUGAGAUUUGGAAUGUCGAUCAGCCACGUUCGAUAACUCCAGUUUUAAAUGCCUCGAUGGAUAUUUUUCUGUCUUCAAGCCCUGUUGAUAACAUCGACAUCAGUGAAUGUUCGACAAAGGAGCCAACAAAAAUUCUCGUUAAUGGAACACUUCCGGCAAUAAUCAACAAAGUUACAUCACAAGAAACUUCAAAUGAAAAUGGCUUUGAAAAUGAGUGGAGUUGGGAUCAAGAAGAUGGAAAUGAAGAUGUUAAUAGCAAGUUAGAAACUGAACCGGUUGUGAUUAUCGAAGAAAUAUCAUCUACAACAUCAUUAACUAGUCCAAUUAAAGAAAAAAUCAUAACGCGCCCACAAGUUGCAGACAUCACAGAACUUGACAUUAAAAAUCGAAGAUUAACGAAACUCGAAGAGAAACAAAACGAAGUUGAUUUUUUUAGUGACUUUAACAUGGCACCGACAUUCCAGAAAACCGAACCAAUUGUUGCUGAAACAAACAUUGGAAUUCUUGAAACGAAGAAUGAAACUGCGAGUCGAUUACAAAUGACAGCCGAUACCACCGAGAAUGAUGGUUGGGACGAUGACGAUUGGAAUAGCGAUGAAAUCUUAUAAUACAUUUUUUUAUUCAUUUCCUUUAUUGUUGUUGUUUAUCAAUGUUUGUAUCAAUUCAGCUUAUAAAAUUAUUCGUCUUCCUUUCAUAGGAUGCAAUGUUUCUCUUUAUGUUUGUUUUUCAUUAUUUAAUUAAUGAAAAGGAAAGAAGUUGUCGACAUUAUUGUGUCAACAAAUUUAAGAUCAGUUGCAAUAUUUUCUUUAAUUAUUUUCAUGAUUUAUUGAUCUGGAAGAGAAGACACGAAAGACCUAAUUAAAGUCUUUCAGGCCAAUCCUUUAUGAUCAUCAAUAAGUAUGUGAAGCAUAACAUUUUAAUGUUAAAUUAUUUAAUCUUUAUAUUUUGUAGAUAAAACAAAAAUAAAAGAGAAAAAAUGGAAAUGUUUACCUAAACCUUAUCAGACUGUAUUGAAUAAAUUUUAAUAAAAAAAUUGUUUCCAUUAUCAAUAUCGCGAUAAGUCUUUUUUUUUCAGGGUUGUUCAAUGUCGUCAUUAUUAUUUAAAUUUAUUAACUGAGGCAAAUUGACUUUUAAGCUGAAUGUGAAUUUUUAUCAAGUGACUGUGAGUGUCAAAUGAUGUGAGAAUGUCACAUAACAACCCUGCUUUUAUUCAUAAAUGAUUAAAUAAAGCUUUAUUGUGCAUCAUGUUGUGUUAUUAUGUGUCACAAUUCACAUUAUUGCGCAAUUAAUAAAAGCCA